GUUAACUAAGAAGAUAAAAUGAAGGUCAAGGUUCUCUCUAGAAAUCCAGAUGAUUUUCGGCGAGAAACCAAGCGGGAUAUACAAAAAUUGCCAAGAAAUUAUGACCCAGCUCUGCAUCCUUUCGAGGCCCCAAGAGAGUACACACGUGCUCUUAAUGCAACGAAGUUAGAGCGGGUGUUUGCAAAGCCGUUUCUUGGGUCACUGGAUGGACACCGGGACGGUGUACACUGUAUGUGUAAACAUCCGACUAGUCUGUCAUUAUUACUGUCUGGGUCUUAUGAUGGAGAGAUUCGUCUUUGGAACCUACCAAAGAGAAAGUGUGUGCGUGCUGUAGCUGCUCACGAAGGCUAUGUGCGGGGCAUGUGUUAUAACCCAAGUGGAGAUUAUUUUUAUUCAUGUGGAGAUGACAAGAUAAUUAAGCAGUGGAGCAUGGAAGAACCUGGUUAUGGGGAACACAUGCAGCCAACCAACACAAUCCUGGGCAAGACAAUCUUCCACGCCAUGGACCACCAUUGGCAGGACAAUGUCUUUGCCACGGCGGGUCAACAGAUGGACAUUUGGGACGAGGAGCGGUCAGAGCCCAUGAGGUCAUUCACCUGGGGUGUGGACAGUCUGAACAGUGUCAAAUUUAACCCCAUAGAGACACAUAUUCUUGGUGCCACAGCCUCGGACAGAAGCAUCAUACUAUAUGACAUGAGGGGGUCUGCGCCUCUAAGGAAGGUGAUUCUUAAGCUGCGUUCUAAUACCAUAGCAUGGAACCCUAUGGAGGCUUUCAUGUUCACUGCCGCCAAUGAGGAUUACAAUCUGUACAGUUUUGACAUGCGGAGACUUGAUCGCCCUCUCAACAUUCACAUGGACCACGUGUCUGCAGUUUUGGAUGUUGAUUAUUCCCCCACUGGGAAGGAGUUUGUGUCUGGAAGCUAUGACAAGUCCAUCAGAAUUUUCCCCGUUGAUAAGGGACACAGCAGGGAGGUGUAUCACACGAAGCGCAUGCAGCGUGUAAUUUGCGUGAAGUGGUCCAGUGACAACAAAUACCUCCUGUCAGGCUCUGACGAGAUGAACAUACGCGUGUGGAAGGCGAGGGCAUCAGAGAAAAUAGGAGUGCUAAGACCAAGAGAGAAAGAGGCAUUUGCAUAUAGCGAAAAACUGAAGGAGAAAUUUUCACACCACCCCCAAGUCCGCAGGAUCAGCCGUCACCGCCAUGUCCCAAAGAUGAUCUAUAACGCCUCGAAGGAGAUAAGAGAGAUAAAGGCAUCAAGGAAAAGAAAGGAGGCUAACAGAAGAGCACAUAGCAAGCCAGGCACUGUUCCGUUUGUACCAGAGAGAAAGAAACACGUCGUUGGAGAGGUCAAAUGAAAGGAAUAUUUCAUUAUUUCCUCAUUUAUGUAAUGUUCUAAGACUGUGCAUCAUUAUUUGUAUUUAAACUUGGAAAAACAUGUGAAUCAUAUACAUCCAGUCAGUUGACUUUUAAAGCUUGUGUAUUGGACUCUGUUUCAUUGUUUUAAAGUUAUUCUAUACCUAUUUCAAAUUUGUUCCCAAGGCAUAUUUUUUAUGUCUAAAUAUGCUGCAUAGCUACGUAUUUUACCUAAUUCAAACUUCAUAAACUAGAAAAUCCAUCAAAUGAUGUUGAUAUUUCUUUUUGGAAUGUCAGAAACAAGGAUGCUUGGUUUAGAAGUAAGCUUAAAUAAAACUGGAAUUGUUAGAAAAGAUCCAAAUCCAAUGUAGAACUGGUAGUGCAACGUGUCAUGAGUUAUAAACUUUUUUUCUUGUGGGAUAAUUACAUUUGGUGCAAAAACACUAAAGAAUAUCUUUGGCCAUUGUUAAGGAAAUGUGGAACAUGCUGUGAUUACGCUAGCAGAAGUUCAUUUUAAUAUGGGGUAAUCUGUGAACUGUCCUUUGAAGAGCUUGCGCAACAACAAAGGGUCUGGAUAAAGCUUGUAAUACAACUAUUAAAAAGUGUUAAUCUCUGAAAUACUAGGUGACAGUAUAAUUACCUCAAAGAGACUAUAAUUGCACUACUUUUAUUAUUAUUAUUAUUAUUAUUAUUAUUAUUGUUAAGCAUUUUACUAUGACAUUCAUCUCAGUAUACAGCAUGUUACAAUUAAUACAAUGCAGAAUAACAAGAUACAGUACGCAAAAGUAGUGCAUUAUUGGUUGUAAAGGUAUAUGUGAAGAGAGUAUAAUUAAUUAUUUAAAAUUAAUCCAAUACAUAUUAUGUGAGGCAUUAAACAUAGAAGGCCUAGUUAUUUUAUUGGCGUUUUUCUAUUCAUUUUCUACGAUCUAUUUAAUUACGUGGUGUCGCAAGAUAAUCAGAUUCUCCCCUAUUUUCUAAAACGGAAAGGCAAUGGGCACGUGGUAGGAACCAUUUGGGCCAUAGGACAGUUAAACUUUGCUUAGUUCUAGGUUAAGGAGAGGUUCAGCGUCUACUCUGGAAUCGUGCCCGUAAACUGGGCUCCGUCUUUCCCAUGCCUUUCAGGGCCUGCUGCCGUGUAGCCGCCAUCUACUGGGAGAUCGGCGCCCGUGAUGAAGGAUGCGUCUUUGCUGCAGAGGAAGACAAUGGCGGCGGCAACUUCUGCGCAUGCUCCGAUACGGUUCAUCAUGUGACAUCCCUCGAACCACCUCUUUUUGUCUUCAUCGCCUGAUAUGAAGUUU